AUGAAGCUUGCGGGGCUCAAGUCGGUGGACGGAGCUCACGAGGACUCGAUCUGGGCGGCCGCGUGGGUGCCCGCUGCUGACCACCGCCCCACGGCGCUGCUCCUCACCGGCUCCAUCGACGAGACCGUCCGCGCCUGGCAACCCGACGACCUCGCCGCCGCGUCCCCCCCGGCGGGAGGGCACGCGCUCGGAGUGAUAUCCCUCGCGGCGCAUCCUGCCGGGGUCAUAGCCGCCGCGGUCUCCAUCGACAGCCACGUCCGCGUCUUCGACGUCGACUCCGGCGCAUCCGUCGCCACGCUCGAUGCCGCGCCCUCCGAGGUCUGGGGCGUCCAGUUCCACCCCAAGGGUGUUGCUCUGGCUGCAGCUGGUGGUGGCAGUGGAUCAGUAAAACUCUGGGACACGGAGAAGUGGCAACCUAUUGCCAGCCUUCCUGUUCCGCGUCCAGAGGGAGCCCGCGCUGAUAAAACAGGCAGCGGCAAGUUUGUUCUUUCAGUGGCCUGGAGUCCAGAUGGCAAGCUCUUAGCAUGUGGAUCCAUGGAUGGCACGAUUGCGGUGUAUGAUGCGGUCCGCAUGAAGUUCCUCCACCACCUGGAGGGGCACCACAUGCCAGUGAGGUCCAUGGUGUUCUCGCCGGUGGACCCCCACGUGCUCUUGACCGGAUGUGACGACUCCCACAUCCACAUCUACGAUGCCAAGGAGAAGGGCCUGAUCGGGGCCAUGUCGGGUCAUGCGAGCUGGGUGCUGAGCAUCGACGUGAGCCCGGAUGGCAUGGCGGUGGCGACAGGCUCCAGCGACCGCACCGUCCGGCUCUGGGACAUCAAUGCGAGGGCGUCAGUUCAGACCAUGAGCAACCACUCAGACCAGGUCUGGGCCGUUGCAUUCCGGCCGCCGGGAGGGGAAGGAGUCCGUGCUGGCCGGCUCGCCAGCGCUUCGGAUGACAAGAGCAUCUCCCUGUACGAUUACUCCUAG